AUGGGGUUGAUGUCAAAUAAUUGGCUUGUAUGGGCAAUCCUUGGCAAAGUUUCAAACCGCAUGACAGACAUAACAAUGGUUUUAAGAUGCUUGUACUGGAUGUCAUCUCACAAGGGUAAGGAAACUGCUGCCCCAUCACGGAGCAGAAAUGCUCCAAAUCAAAAGAGGAAGAGUACAACUUCGAGCUCUUGGGCAACAAGGGCUCAUCCAAGGAGAAAUGCACCGGACUAUGACGAGCAUGUCUUUCAGAGUCUAGAGGCACCCGUGCCAUGGUCCAUGUUCUCCUCAAAGCCCGUACUCAUGGAGAAGUCGGUGGUAAUUGAGGACUUCUCAAGGGUCCAACUGCUAGAGAAGUUUACAGCAUUGGGUGUGACGGGAGCUAAUGAGGAGGAAGUGGCUCUAGAGGAAGAUGAUGAGGAAGAUGAAGAAUAUGUUCCCGAAGGGGAUGAGGAGGAAGCAAUGGAGGCUAAGGAUCCCUCUUAUGCAACACCACCUCCUCCAGGUGGAGCUUUUGAUUUCCAAGUUUGGGUUGGCAAGAACAGAGCUGCCCCUCUUGAUCCAGAGGAGAUAGAGAUGCUCAUGGGAUACCCUAAGCACCAUACAAGAGGGGGUGGAACCAGUAGGACAGAGAGAUUUAGAUCUCUUGGAAAUUCAUUUCAGGUAGACACUGUUGCUUUCCAUCUCUCAGUCCUGAAGAAGAUGUUUCCACAUGGUAUUUCAGUACUUUCUCUCUUUUCUGGUAUUGGGGGUGCCGAGGUAGCUUUGCAUCGGCUUGGAAUCCCUCUGAAGAAUGUUGUGUCAGUAGAGAUUUCAAACGUUAAUAGGAACAUUCUUCAGAGCUGGUGGGACCAAACAAAUCAAAAAGGAAAUUUGACCCAUGUUGCCGAUGUACAAAAGUUGAGCAUUGAUAGGUUGGAGGAGUUGAUCAAAUCACUUGGUGGGUUUGACCUUAUAAUUGGUGGGAGCCCCUGUAGCAAUCUUACUGGCAGCAAUAGGGUGAGCAGAGAUGGGCUUCAGGGUGAGCAGUCUAUUUUGUUCUAUGAAUAUUUUCGUGUGUUAAAUGAUGUUAAGUUUUUGAUGGGUUAAGUUUAACGAUUGGGCUCAUAGGACCCAAAAAUGUAU